UUUGAUAAACAAAUCAAUCAAAGCACACUCAACACACAUUAAAAUUUCCAGUUUUGAUUCACAGUAUUUUUCACCAUUUUGAAACAAACCCACAACUUAUAGACAUAAAAGAAAAAAAAUCUAUAAAAGAAGAAAAAAAAAAAGCUGCUAGAAGGGAAGAUUGAUAAUUUGCAAUUGGCUCAUAGUCCUUUGUCUUUCCCGAUCACGUUGUCGUUGAAGACCCACAAUCAAAUUCUUCAACUAAGUUGCUAAUAUUUUAGACAGUUUAGCAAAGAUUUUAAAAUAAUUUGAUAGUUGUAGACCAAUAAAGAUUUUGAGAAUUAUGGUUCAUCAAUUGAAAAAGAGAAAAAGGAAGAGUAUCAAUAGAAAAAAAAUAAAGAAAUAUAAAGAUAAAAGAAAAGGAGAGGAAUAAAUUAAAAUAAAAUAAAAUUUGAUAUGAUGAGUAGAUUGUGUGAAAAACCAUUUUCACAGGUUAUGAAUUUCAAUAAAUAAAAGAAAAUUACCUAUUAAAUAAAUAAAAAAUUAUUUGAUCUAAUGACUAAGACUAAAAGAUUCUAAUCUAGUGGCUGUCGUACACCUAGAUACAUUGCAGAACGACUCCAAAAAAUAUACUAUAUAAGUAAAAAUAUAUAUGGAAAAACUACCGUAUCAAUAAUAUUUUAUCCAAAAAAUAAUAAUUAAUGUCUUCUAAAACAAAACGCACCGUUUUGUUGUCGACUUUGCAUUAUCCGUUUUCUCACCGGAUAUUUUUGGAAAAGGGGAAAAUAAUACUAAACCAAGUGCUUUUCUCAAAAAUAUAAACGGCAGAACCUUCAUUGUAACGACAUCGUUUAUCCGACCCCAAUGACGAACACUUAAACAACUCGCCAGUCCAUCGAUUGAUUCGUAAAACAGUGAACUAAUGGAGUAUAAUGAGCAGGAAAACCACCAUCACUGUGACAACAAAAGCCACAAUUCUCAGCAGCAAUCACAUGCUCCGAUUUAUCUCUUCUCUCAACAGAAAAUCCCAUGUCCAAAAGGUUAGUUUUCUCUUCUCCAUUAAACCACACUAUUUAUGUACUACUGUUACUCUCGCUUACCCUGCACUAUCAACUAAAACCCACUUUGAUUAUCAUUUAUCUUCUAUAAAUUUCAAUGGUUUUUCAGAGUCUUUUAUAUCUAAAUAUCCCCACUUCUUUGAUAUAAUUGAAACCCAAAGAUCGAAUCUUUAUAGGGAUACUAAUUAUUUAAAGGAACUUCUUUUAGAUAUUUCUGACGUGAUUCCUGAUUUGACACGUCGUUUUAGUAGGAUUUUGAGGUUAAGACCUGAAGAUGUGCUUGAAAUAUUACUUGGUUUUCAAUUUCAAUGUGAACAAGUUGCAAUUAAGAGUUCAAAGGUUGAGUCUUUAUGGGGGAUUUUCAAGUGGGUUAGUGAUCAAGAUAAGGGCUUUAAGCAUUUGCCUAAGUCAUUUGAGGUUAUGGCGUUGUUGCUUACUAGAUGUGGGAUGUUUAGAGAGGUUCAGUUACUGCUUUUGGCAAUGGAAAGGCAAGGAAUUUCGUUGGAUAACAAUGAAAUAUUUUCUAAGUUGAUUGAAAGGUAUGUUAGUUCUUGUGAUUCAGAAAGAGCGGUGUUAAUGUAUGAUCGAAUGCAAGAGCAAAACUUGGUGCCAUCACUGUUUUGCUAUCAUGGUCUUAUAAAUCUCUUGGUUAGAAUGAGGAGCACCCAAUUGGUGUUUCGAAUUUGUUUGGAUAUGGUGGAACAUGAAAUUAAUUUGAGCCAUAGAGAGAUAACUAGCAUCGAGAAAGUUGUUAGAUUACUUUGUGAGGAUGAAAUGGUUCAGGAAGCAAGAAAUAUCAUGAGGAAAGUAAUGGCUUUAGGUUUUGAGCCUAGCAGCACUCUGAUUAAUGAGAUUGCUUCUGGGUACUUUGUCAAGAAGGAUUUUGAAGAUUUGCUUAGUUUUUUUGUUCAAAUGAAGCGUUCACCUAAUUUAUGGGUUGGAAAUAAGAUUAUAUGUGGUAUAUGUAGCAUUUAUGGUGUCGAGAGAGCAAAUUUGUUCCGGCUAGAACUGGAGGAUUUGGGUUUUCGGCCUGAUGAAACAACUUUUGGCGUCUUGCUUGGUUGGUGUUGUAUUGAGGAGAAUUUGAGGAGUGCUUUUAUUUAUUUGUCAGAGAUGUUAUCGAGAGGCCUAACGCCUAGUAUCUGGUCAUAUAUUGCCUUUAUUGGUGCAUUGUUUAGGGAGGGUAUGUGGAAGCAUGCGCGAGACAUUCUUGAUGAAAUGGUUAAUAUGGGAGUGACCCCAAAUUUAUCAUUUUUCAGGACUCUUUUGGCAGGAUACUGCAAAGCUAGACAAUUUGAUGAAGUGAAGAUGAUGGUCCAUGAGAUGCUGAAAUGUGGUUUGGUUAAAUCCUCUUCUCUUGAGAAUCCACUUUCUGAGGCAUUUAUGGUCCUGGGGUUCAGUCCAUUCUCUGUGAGGUUGAAAAGGGAUAAUAAUGUGGGAUUUUCUAAGACGGAAUUUUUUGAUAAUAUUGGGAAUGGGCUUUAUUUGGAUACAAACAUAGAUGAGUAUGAGAAAAAAGUAAGUGGGAUUCUUAAAGACUCCAUGUUACCUGAUUUUAAUUUGCUUAUAAGGGAGGGAUGUGAUCAAGGGAAUUUUAAAGCUGCAUUGUUGUUGAUAGAUGAAAUGUUUCGAUGGGGUCAAGAACUUUCUCUUUCUGUCCUGGCAGCAUUAGUGAGGGGACUUUGUGCAUCCCGUUCCCACAUCAGGGCAUGCAUCCAUCUUAUUGAGAAAAUGCCAAAGUUGGCUAACCAACUAGAUGAUGAAGUUCUAAAUUUGCUAGUGCAAGCAUGCUGCAAGAGUGGAUUGAUGUACCACGGGAGGCUAAUUUUCCAUCAAAUGCUUCUGAAGGAUGUAAUAAUUGAAAAUGGAACAUAUACUGCUCUAAUUGUUGGAUUAUGUAAAAGGGGGGAUUUGCAGGCGGUUCGUGAUUGCUGGGAUAUUGCUCAAAAUAGCAAAUGGUUACCAGAGUUAAAGGAUUGUAAAUCUCUUGUUGGAUGUCUAUGUUACCAUAGGAUGGUGAAGGGAGUAAUAGAGCUUCUUGAAAGCAUGAUGGUAUUUUAUCCUCAUUUAAGGGCUGAAAUUUUUCAUAUGUUUCUUGAAGAGCUUUCCAUCACAGGUUUCACUAGCAUUGCACACAAAUUGGUGGAUGAACUGCUGCAGCAGGGUUGCGUCUUUGAUAAUGUUGUUUAUAGCUAUCUUUUAAGAGGGUUAUGCAAGGAGAGAAAAUAUAUAGCAGCCUCAACAAUGGCGGGUGAAGUUUUGGCUAGGAACUUAGUUCCCUGCUUGGAUGUUUCUGUUAUUUUGAUUCCUCAGUUGUGUAAGGCCGAUAGACUAGAUAUAGCUAUUGCUUUAAGGGACAUUAGUUUGAGAGAGCAAUCUGUGUCUCAGCUUUCUGUUGACUGUGCUUUAGUUAAAGGAUUUUGUAAGACAGGCAAGAUCGGAGAAGCAGCCAAUAUGUUGCAGAAUAUGUUGCUGAAGGGGCUACUUCCUGAUGCUGAAAUUUAUAACAUGCUAUUUCAAGGGUAUUGCCAAGCUAAUAACUGGAAAAAAGUGAGAGAAUUGCUCAGUGUUCUGAUAAGAAAGUUUUUAAGCCCCUCAGUCUCAAGUUACCAGAAUUUAGCACGCUUGAUGUGUAUGCAUGGUAGUUUCACCUCUGCAUUAAGCCUGAAGGUGCUAAUGCUAGAAAACAGCAGGUAUGAUAGCCUUGUCAUCUACAACAUUCUGAUAUUCCAUCUUCUCUCAGCUGGCAACUGCUUGCACGUGGUUAGAGUCCUGGAUGAAUUGCAGGAGAAGGGAUUGCUACUUAACGAAGUUACUUAUAAUUUUCUUGUAUAUGGGUUUUCAAAAUGUAAAGAUGUGGCUAGUGUUGUACACUAUAUGUCUACUAUGAUUUCGAAGGGAUUUAAGCCAAAUAAUCGCAGCAUAAGAACAGCAGUAACUUGUAUGUGUGAUCUUGGACAACUUAGUGAAGUCUUGGAGUUGAGUCAAGAAAUGGAAAAGAGAGGUUGGAUUCAUGGAUCAUUUGUUCAAAAUGCAAUUGUUGAAAGCUUUCUCUCUCAUGAUAAGCUUCAAGAAGCUGAAUAUUUUCUGGAUCGCAUGGCAGAUAAUGGUCUAAUUCCCGAUACAAUUAAUUAUGAUAACCUAAUUAAGCGGUUUUGUUUCUGUGGAAGAUUGAAUAAGGCAGUUGAUCUUCUGAACAUAAUGUUGAGAAAAGGAAACACCCCUAGUUCUGCCAGCUAUGAUUGUAUAAUCCAAGGUCUGUGCAUAUGGAAUCAACUGAAUGAGGCAAUGGAUUUCCAUACUGAGAUGUUGGAUAGGGAACUUAGACCAAGCAUGAAGACCUGGAACAUGAUUGUACACAACCUUUGCCAACUUGGACGAACUGCAGAAGCAGAAGGCCUCCUUAUCUCUAUGGCUCAGUUAGGUGAAACUCCACCUGGAAAAAUGUACUCCACUGUCAUUAAUAGGUAUCGCUUUGAAAACAAUCCAAGGAAGGCAUCUCAGCUCAUGCAAAUGAUGCAACGGAACGGUUAUGAGCCAGAUUUUGACACUCACUGGUCUCUCAUCAGCAAUUUACAAAAAUUCAAAGACAAGGACAAUAACCAAGAGGAGCGUAAUAACAACAGUAGUCAAGGUUUCCUGGCGAGGCUUCUUUCCGGAAGUGGAUUUUCUAAUAAAAAGGACUCCAGGUUCAAAGUGGGAUAGUAAAGUCUAUUAAGAUAAGGCUUUGUAGCUUCAUUAAUUGAUCUAUUACAUUUAUUCAUCUGUUGAUAUAAUCUUUAUCUUGGAAACAUUUUAUGCAUUUCUAUCGGCUUGUAUGAUUCAGCUGCGUCCAUGCAUUGUAGCAUUUACAGUUACUGGAACAAAAGCUGCCAAAUCUUUUGUACCAUGGCAUUCUGGAUGACUGAAGUUUCUUGUUUGUAUAUAUGUUACAGAAAUUAAAUCUCUUGCAGAAAUGUAUUUCUAUUCUGCUUUAA